AUGGGAAGCGGGUCCUUGAUUGGCGGCGACUUCGGCGAUGGAAUCUGCGACCUCCGGACCACUUUGGCGACUUUGACGCCGCGGGGCGGACGCGCGCUGUUGGUUUUCCGGGUGCGCUCUCGUACCGUCCGGACAGCGACGGUUUCGCCUUGGAUUGGAUCGCCCGCGCGCCGGGUCCGACGCGCGGCGCCGGAAGGUGGCGACUUGGCAGGAGUGGGCUGCGGCCUAGGUGAGAGCAGCGUGCAGGGAGAUUUCCAGCGUUUCCGCCGCGGCGCGGCGGCGUGUCUCGCAGCGUUCGGCCUGACGGCCGGGCUCGUCGCGGCGCCCGCCCUGGCCGCCAGCCCGACCGACCCGCGCCCCGCCCUGGGCAGCCAGAGCGACGCGGCGCCGACCGCCGGCCCGGAGGGCGUCGACUACCGCGUCGAACUGCGCGGCGAGCUGCCGGCGCCGCUGCGCGCGCUGCUCGAGGAGGUCUCCCAGCUCGAGGAGAUGCGCGACCGCCCGCCGGCGACGCGCGCCGCCCUGCGUCGGCGUGUGCAGGACGAGCGCGGUCGCUACGAGGCGGCCCUGAAAUCCGCCGGCUACUAUGCCUUCGCGCUGUCGAGCGACGUCGACACCGCGCAGAGCCCGGCGCUGGUCACCGUCACGGUCGAGCCGGGGCCGCAGUUCACCCUCGGCGCCUACACCAUCACCUAUCGCCCGCAGGUGCCGCGAUCGGCCAACGACCGCGACAUCCCGCAGAGUGCCGAGGAUCUGGACCUGGAGUUGGGCAUGCCGGCCCAGGCCGCGCCGCUGCAGGCGGCCGAGGCGCGCAUCGUCACGCUGCUGACCCAGGCGGGCUACCCCUAUGCCGAGAUCGCCGAGGCGCGCUACCUGGCCGAUCACGCCCGCAGCCAGCUCACCGCCGGUCUGACCGUGGCGACCGGCCCCCGGGUGACCUUCGGGUCGCUGACGGUGGAGGGCGCCGCCGAGGUGGAGGAGGACUACAUCCGCGCCAUUGCCGACUGGCCGGACGGCGAGGUCUGGGACGCCCGCGCGCUCAACGCGGUGCGCAACCGGGUGGCGGCCAGCGACCUCUUCGAGACGGUGGUGCUGGACUAUCCCGAGCAGGCGCCGCCGUCGGACGGCGCCGUGCCGGUGACGCUGGUGCUGCGCGAGCGCCCGCACCGCUCCAUCGGCGUCGGCGCCGCCAUCACCUCCAGCGAGGAGAUCGCCCGCGCCAAGCUGAGCUGGGAGCACCGCAACCUCUUCGGCGCCGGCGAGACGCUGCGGCUGGAGGCGCUCGGCUCCCUGCUGCGGCAGGAGGCGCGGGCGCUGUUCCGCCGGCCCAACUUCCUGCGCGGCGACCAGGCCCUGCUGGCCAAAUCCUCCUUCCGGCACGAGGAGAGCGACGCCUUCGACGAGACCACGGCGGCCGCCUCGCUCGGCGUCGAGCGCAGCAUCGGCCAAGCCUGGACCGUCAAUCUCGACACCGCCAUCGAGUUCUCCGAGCAGCGCGACAGCUUCGGCACAGACCGCUUCACCCUGGUCGGCCUGCCGGCCGCCGUCGCCUACGAUACGCGCGACAACCUGCUGGAUCCGACGCGGGGCUGGCACGUCACCCUGGGCGCCGCCCCCUGGGUCAGCGUCGGCGAGCGCAGCAGCCAGUUCCUGAUCGGCGAGACCUCGGCAGCGACCUACUGGAGCCCCUUCGAGAGCGACCGCGUCGUCUUCGCCGGCCGCGCCCGGCUCGGCGCGCUCUUCUUCGAAGACUCCGCCGCCGUGCCGGCCAGCAAGCGCUUCUAUGCCGGCGGCGGCGGCUCGGUGCGCGGCUACGAUUUCCGCGUGAUCGGGCCGCUCGACGCCGACGGCGACCCGCUCGGCGGCAAGUCGGUGGUCGAGGUCGGGCUGGAGACGCGGAUCAAGGUGAGCGAGGACAUCGGCGUGGUGCCCUUCCUCGACGGCGGUCAGGUCUACGAGAACACCCUGCCCGACGCCGACUUCGACUGGCAGUGGGCGGCCGGCCUGGGGCUCCGCUACUACCUGGGCAUCGGGCCGGUGCGCCUCGACGUGGCGGUGCCGCUCAAUCCGCGCGACGAGGACGACCGCUUCGAGUUCUAUCUCUCCAUCGGGCAGACCGGGCCGGGACGCGCCCUGCUGGCCGGCGUCCUGGAAGACAGCGUGCCCGGGUUGCGCAUUGGCCGGCUCGCGGGCGCGCCGCCCUUCGAGGUGGUGGUGCAAGACGUGUCGCUCGCCGAUGCGCAAGGGCCGUGGCUGACCCUCGACCGCGGGCGCCUGGACUGGGCGCCGACCGCGCUGCUCGGCGGCACGCUCUCGGUGACGGCGUUGGAGCUGGGCAAGCUGGAGAUCGCCCGCGCUCCGGCCGCGCCGGAGACCGCGGCGCCGGCGCCCGAGGCGACGCCGCAGGCGGACCCCGGGGGCCUGCCCUUGCCGCCGCCGCUCGGCCUGCGGGUCGAGCGGUUGGAGGUGACGCGGCUGGCCCUGGGCGCGCCGCUGCUCGGCGAGCGCCUGGAGCUGGGAAUCGACGGCCGGCUGGCCGCGGGCGACGGCGCGCGGAUCGACUCGGCCGUGCGCGUGGUGCGCCUGGACGGGGAGGGCGAGGUGACGGCCGAGGCGGUCUACCGGCCGGCCGAGCGCAGCCUGGAGGCGGAGCUGACGGCCGCCGCGCCCCAGGGCGGUCUGGCCAGCCGACUGCUCGGUCUGCCGGGGGCGCCGCCGCUCUCCGC